GGCCGAGCGCUGCUCUGGGCAGUGGCAGUGGCGACCGGCACGGGCUGGGGAAACGGAACGACCGGCCGACGGAGGGAUUGACGGACGGACAGACGACGACGCUGCUGGGCGCUUCAUUCCGGAGCCUGACAUGAAUGGAUACGUGGAAUUUCCCCCCAGUCCCAGUGACCUUGCCAAGGAGCUCAUGGAGCCCAUGCCCAGCCAGCUCCCACUCCAGGAAGACGUAGACAUGAGCAGCGGCUUGAGUGGACAUGAGACCAAUGAAAACUGCUCCAUGGGGCGGGACUCUCAGAGCAGUGACUAUGAUGACAGCAGGAAGGAGCAGAGGAUGCUGGUGGAGGCGCCAGAUGCCCACCAGAGUCCAAAUGCCUUUAGCCUGAUGAUGGCAAAGAAGGAACACAACCCUUCUACUAGUGGCUGCAGUAGCGACCAGUCUGCCAAAGCAGAUACCCACAAAGAACUGGUAAAGACACUGAAGGAGCUGAAAGUUCACCUUCCUGCAGACAAGAAGGCCAGGGGCAAGGCCAGCACACUGGCAACCUUGAAGUACGCUCUGAGGAGUGUGAAGCAAGUGAAAGCUAAUGAAGAGUAUUACCAACUGCUAAUGUCCAGUGAGAGCCACCCCUGCGGAGUGGAUGUACCCUCCUACACAGUGGAGGAGAUUGAAAGCAUUACCUCUGAGUACAUUGUGAAAAAUGUGGAGAUGUUUGCUGUAGCCGUGUCCCUGGUGACUGGGAAGAUCCUGUACAUCUCUGACCAAGUUGCCUCCAUAUUUCACUGUAAGAGGGAUGACUUUAGUGAUGCCAAGUUUGUGGAGUUCCUGGCGCCUCAUGAUGUUAGCGUGUUCCAUGGUUUCACCACUCCUUACAAGCUUCCCUCAUGGAGUGUGUGCAGUGGAGUAGAUUGUUUUACUCAAGAAUGCAUGGAGGAAAAAUCUUUCUUUUGCCGUGUCAGCGUUGGGAAAAACCAUGAGAAUGAGAUUCGCUACCACCCAUUCCGCAUGACGCCCUACCUGGUCAAGGUGCAGGACCAGCAAGGUGCUGAGAGUCAGCUUUGCUGCCUUCUGCUGGCAGAGAGAGUGCACUCUGGCUAUGAAGCCCCUAGAAUUCCUCCUGAAAAGAGAAUUUUUACAACCACCCACACACCGAAUUGUUUGUUCCAGGAUGUGGAUGAAAGGGCGGUCCCUCUCCUGGGCUAUCUACCUCAGGACCUGAUCGAGACCCCUGUGCUUGUGCAGCUUCACCCCAGUGACAGACCCUUGAUGCUGGCCAUCCACAAAAAGAUCCUGCAGUCCGGUGGGCAGCCUUUCGACUAUUCUCCCAUUCGGUUCCGUGCCCGGAAUGGGGAGUACAUUACGCUGGACACCAGCUGGUCCAGCUUCAUCAACCCGUGGAGCAGGAAAAUCUCCUUCAUCAUCGGGAGGCACAAAGUCAGGGUGGGCCCUUUGAAUGAGGAUGUGUUUGCAGCUCAUCCAUGCACAGAGGAGAAGGCCCCAUACCCCAGCAUUCAAGAGCUCACAGAGCAGAUCCACCGGCUGCUGCUGCAGCCUGUCCCCCACAGCGGCUCCAGUGGCUAUGGGAGUCUGGGCAGCAAUGGGUCCCAUGAGCAUCUCAUGAGCCAGACCUCCUCUAGUGACAGCAACGGCCACGAGGAUUCUCGCCGGAGGAGAGCCGAAAUUUAUAAAAAUGGUAGCAAGACCAAAAAUAGAAGUCAUUAUUCGUAUGAAUCUGAAGAGCAAAAGAAAAAAUCUUUUUCAGAAAUGCAAAGUGGUCCCCCGGCUCAGACGAAAGCUGUCCCAGUCACAGAAAUGGACAACUCAGGGGCCAGCUUCCCCAGAGUCAGCUUUCCUGAGGAGCUAGCCUGCAAGAACCAGCCUGCCUGCUCCUAUCAGCAGAUCAGCUGCCUGGACAGUGUCAUCAGGUACUUGGAGAGCUGCAGUGAGGCCACCACCCUGAAGAGGAAGUGUGAGUUCCCGGCAAACAUCCCAACACUGAGGUCCAGUGAUAAACGAAAGGCCACAGUCAGCCCCGGGCUGCACACAGGAGAGUCAGUGUUGCCCUCCAAGGAGAACAGCCACACGGAAGUUAGCGCUCACCUGACCUCACUGGCAUUGCCUGGCAAGGCUGAGAGCGUGGUGUCCCUCACCAGCCAGUGCAGCUACAGCAGCACCAUUGUUCAUGUAGGAGACAAAAAGCCACAGCCGGAGUUAGAAACAAUAGAAGAUGCUGCCAGUGGGCCUGAGUCCCUCGACUGCCUGGUCCCCUCCCUGCACUGUGGCCUUAGUCAGGAGAAGGAGGCCUUCAGGAAGCUGGGCCUUACCAAGGAGUUACUCGCCACACACACCCAGAAGGAGGAGCAGAGCUUCCUGCAGAAGUUCAAAGAAAUAAGGAAACUCAACAUUUUCCAGUCUCAUUGCCAUUACUACUUACAAGAAAGGUCCAAGGGGCAGCUGAGUGAACGAACUGCCCCUGGACUAAGAAAUACUUCUGGAAUAGAUUCAUCUUGGAAAAAAACUGGAAAGAACAGAAAACUAAAGUCCAAGCGGGUCAAGCCUAGAGACUCCUCCGAGAGCACUGGGUCUGGGGGUCCCGUGCCCCACCGGCUCCCACUCAUGGGCCUGAACACCACAGCUUGGUCACCCUCAGACACAUCCCAGUCCAGCUGCCCAGCUAUGCCCUUUCCAACUCCAGUGCCAGCUUACUCCCUGCCUGUGUUUCCAGCACCAGGGAUGGUGGCAGCACCGCCAGCAGCUCCCCAUGCCAGCUUUGCAGUGCCUACCGUGCCCCUGGAUGCCCAGCACCAGUUUGCGAUCCAGCCCUCGGUCUUACCCACCCCCUUGGCCCCUGUCAUGGCAUUCAUGUUACCCAGCUAUUCCUUUUCCCCAGAGAUCUCAAACCUACCCCAAGCCUUCUUCCCUGGCCAACCUCACUUUCCAGGCCACCCCACACUCGCAUCAGAGAUGACCCCUGCUUCACAACCCGAGUUUCCCAGCCGAACCUCACUCCCCAGACAGCCGUGCACUUGUCCAGCCACCCCUGCCACCCCACCAUCAGCCACGAUGGGCAGGGCCUCCCCACCACUCUUUCAAUCCCGUGGCAGCUCACCCCUGCAGCUCAACCUGCUGCAGCUGGAGGAGGUCCCUGAGGGAAGCACUGGGGCCACAGGGACCAUGGGGGUUACAGGGACAGCAGCUGCUGCGCCGGACUGCAAACCUGGCACUACUCGGGACCGGAAGCCAAAGGAGCCUCCAACAUACAACGAGUCUUCAGACACCCAGCACAGUGAUGCCCUCUCCACAUCCAGCGGCCUGCUGAACCUCUUAUUGAAUGAAGACCUCUGCUCGGCCUCAGGUUCGGCCCUUUCGGGGAGCGGAGCUUCUGCCACCUCAGACUCUUUGGGCUCCAGCUCGCUGGGCUGUGAUGCUUCCCCAAGUGGGGCAGGAAGUAGUGACACAAGUCAUACUAGCAAAUAUUUUGGAAGCAUUGACUCUUCAGAGAAUAAUCACAAAGCAAAAAUGAACACAGACAUGGAAGAAAGUGAGCAUUUCAUUAAGUACGUCCUGCAGGAUCCCAUCUGGCUGCUGAUGGCAGACGCAGACAACAGUGUCAUGAUGACAUACCAGCUGCCUUCCCGAAAUUUAGAAACAGUUUUAAAGGAAGACAGACAGAAGCUGAAGGUCUUGCAGAAAUUCCAGCCCAGAUUCACAGAGGGUCAGAAGCAGGAGCUGCAUGAGGUCCACCCGUGGAUGGAGAGAGGUGGCCUGCCCACAGCUGUGGACGUGGUGCAAUGUGUUUACUGUGAAAACAAGGAAAAAGGCAACAUUUGUGUACCAUACGAGGAAGAUAUUCCUUCUCUUGGACUCAGUGAAGCAUCAGCCACCAAAGAAGAGGAAAAUGGACCCCCCUUGAUUCACAAGGACAAAGAACAGACAUAGCUCCUGCCAUUCUCAGUUCCAACAGUCAAUGAUCUACAUUAGAUGGUGCUUGGAAGAGAUGAAAGAUCUUCAUGCUUGUUUCUAAUGAAAUGGACACGUAACACGUUACUUUUUUUGUUUUAGAAAAAAAACAUAGUUUUCUAAAGGGGUAACUUAAAACUGGAGGGUGGGGAAGGUUUGGGAAGAAAUACGUAUUUAUAUUUAAAAUAUAAAUAUGGAGUUUUAUGGGAUGGUUGAAAAGAUUUUAGUUGUUAUUUAACUUGAGAAAGACUAAACGCCUCUUUGUGUCAGGGAAGUUGCCUCAGCACUUUCUAAAGUCCUUUGAUGUGAUGAGAUCUCUGUCCAGUGUACCACUGCCUGCUGGCCUCCUUUGGGCUGUCCCGAGGCCUCAUAUCAGGCUGUGACAAGUGGCCAGGAUGCCACAUGUGAUUCCAAGCUGAGGACUGCAGCCUUCCCAGAGUGUGUUUGGAUCUGAUCAAAUUUUGUCCUCUCUUUGGGACUGCUUUUUAUUUAAAUUAUCAUUUAGUCAAGGUAAGUUUUGGUUUUUGUUUUGUUAAACAUACCAAGUGGAGCUAACAGCCUCUUCUUAUUUUCUUUUAAAAAUCGAUUGUGUUUAAUGGUAUGAAACAUAGUUUGGCAAACCAACAGCUUUGGCUUCAGGUAUUGUUGUGGUCAAUAUUUCAAUCUGACGUAGCUUUUGUUUGUAGUGAACAAAGUUGAAACAUUUGCUCUGGAGUAAAGCAGCCUAGUUUUUUGUGUAACCAACUCCAUCAGAUUAAUGCACACCCAGACCCUCUGUGUAUUUCCACAUCAUUCAUGUCCCCUUUUCAGACCAUGACGGCCUAUAUGUAGAUAAACAUAUGUUAUCAGUCAUCUCUUUAUGGUAACUUCCCUCUGCAAACCAGCACAUGUGGGACCCAAUUGUGUCUGGUCGUCUUCAGUUGGAGCUGUCCAGACAUCCACCCCCACCCAGCCACGCCCACAUCUUCUGGCUGAGAGCAGCCACUGCCACUGUGAAUCCCACAGCUUCCGACUGUGUCUGUGCUUUCAGCUCACCUCUCCCACUGAACCCUGGGCUGGAUGCCUGGCCCUUAUUCUUUCCAUGAGCCCAGCCUUGCUUGGUGCAGCUUCAGGUCUCUGCCAGUGUCACCGGCAUCUUCAGGUCAUUUGGACAUUUGGGGAAAAGUGAGGCCAGUCUGCCCAGCUUUAUGUAAAACCUAUUGCAUCGUAUAUCCCAAAGAUUGUUUGGAAAAUGCAACGUUGAUCCCUGGUGUGAAUUCGAAGUUACCACUGAUGAAAUAAUUAACUUAAAAUUGUACCAAGUCUAUGAAGCUUAAAAGGAAGCAGGGUUGUCCUUGUUCUUUGAUGGAAAAACAGUUAGAGAAAGGUGAAGUCUCCUUGUAAUCCAGUUGGUUUUCAUGGUAAAACCACUUGAUGCCUGAAUAUUAAGCCUAUUUUUUAUAAUCAUAUGAACACUUUAAUUUUUUUAAUUUACCAAGUAACAUCACUGUUAGAUGCCGAAGAUAAAGUAGCAGUCUGCAUUUUUAUGGGAAUUAGAUGUUACAGACUGCUUCCUGCCUGUAAAGUCAGAUCAUAAGCGGAUAGUUGAUAAUCUAAGGGUACAUUUGUGUCACCUAAACACAAAACUGCCAAAACGUUCUCACUCUACUGUUAUGAAUGUUUACCAUCAGCAUUAUUUUAUUACUUAAUAUAUACUCAUUGAUUGUUAACUGUGUGGCUUCAACAUGUGCUGAGAAGUUGACUUCGUAGGAUUAUUUUGUGAAUUUGUUUACAUGAUGCCAGGCAUCAAGUCAUGUUUUCUUCAGUAUGUAUGCUUACACGGGUGUUAUAAAAACUUUCUAUUUUAAACUGAGCCUCCUUUUUAAUAUAUUCCUAAAAGAUAUGUAAAUAAGCUCUCAGAGUUUGUGUGAUGAUUUGUUGAGCCUUGCCAGACAAGUGGUUUGUUCACAUGCAAACCAAACUUUCUUCGCACAGUGCAAUAUAUUUGUUUGACUGCUUGUGUCUUUUUAUGACCUUUUUGCCUUUUAGAAAAUUGGUAAAUAAAGCAAGUAUAUUUUUAUUUUCA